AUGUCGUGCAUAGGAAAAAUGGACAGAUGUUGCUGUUUCCCACUAGCAGGGGGAUGCAUUGCAGCCAUUAUGAUUCACACGGGAUUUUGUGUAUCAGCAAUAUUUUCCCACACUGCUGAAUAUCGAAUGUUGUCAAUAAUUUGUAAUGCUUUGUUAGCUUGUUUGUUAAUUUUUGGGUUGGUAAUCAAGAAUUUUAUUAUAUUUUACGUUGUUGCUGUUUUUGUAUCCUUUCUUGUGGGAACCUAUAUUGUAGCAUUUGUGUUUAUCUUCAUUUCCUUUUUUGUGAGAGAUGGGAUCCCUUUAGAAGGUAAAAUUUUUACUGCAGUUAUUAUUUUUCUUAUGAUAUUUAUAUCAGCUUUUUUCCUUAAUAUUUAUAUUUCAAUGAGUAAAGUUUUGAAAGCUGGAGGAACAGGAUGGGAAUUCAAGAAUUAUUUGGAGUUAGAAUCUGAGAAACCCAAGGAAAAGAAGGAAGUGAAAAAGGAAGAACCUCGUCCCAAUAUUGAUUACAAAGCAUAA